GAAUCAUCUCACUUCCUGUUUGUGCUGCAGCCAUGUCUCCCGUCCUGGCGGGCUUCCUGGGUGCGGGCGUUCUGGUGGCGGUGGUGAUCGUGGCACUUCUGCUUUGGUCCUUCUGCCAGCGCCGUUAUUUGCGUGCGUCCGGACGCUACAAGCUGCACAGCGACCGCUACUGCGACACCGAGGACCCACCCUACAAGUUCAUCCACAUGCUGAAGGGGAUCAGCAUUUACCCAGAAUCUCUCAGCAGCAGCAAGAGGAUCGUGCGUAACGCCAGGCGGGCCGGGUGGGCCGAGCGGGACGGCAGUGGCGCGGCGGGGGCUAGGGGCAUGGUUCUGGUGGACGCCGAGAACAACGUCCUGGAUGUCCCCGGUCAGCUUCAGAUGAGCCAUUUAGUGGUGCCCGCUGGGUUGGGGCCCCACGAUGGCCUGGAGCGCGCACUUCCCGUGCGCGCAGACUACUGCUGUCUGGACGGUAGCUCAGCCGGCAGCAGUCAGAGUAGCAGCAAGACGGCGUCGCCCUUCACGCCCGCUUCCUCAGAACCAGAAGCUGAAGCCGGCCUGGGCACCGUCAGCCUCGCCGUGGACUACAACUUCCCCAAGAAGGCCCUGGUGGUCACGGUGGUCGGGGCUCGGGGACUGCCCGCCAUGGACGAGCAGGCCGGCAGCUCGGACCCCUACAUCAAGAUGACCGUCCUGCCUGAGAAGAAGCACCGUGUCAAGACCCGCGUGCUGAGGAAGACCCUGGACCCGCUCUUCGACGAGACCUUCACCUUCUACGGCGUGGCUUACAGCUCGCUGCCUGAGCUGACGCUGCACUUCCUGGUGCUCAGCUUUGACCGCUUCGCCCGCGACGAUGUCAUCGGCGAGGCUCUGGUGCCACUUAAGGGCGUGGACCCCAGCACGGGCCGGGUCCACCUGAGCCAGAGGAUCACCAAGAGGAACACACAGUGCGAGAAUCGCGGCGAGCUGCUGGCGUCGUUGUCCUACCAGCCAGUGUCCCAUCGCCUGAGCGUGGUGGUCCUCAAGGCUCGACACCUCCCCAAGAUGGACAUCGCCGGCCUGUCUGCAAACCCCUACGUGAAGGUCAACGUGUUCUACGGCCGCAAGCGCAUCGCCAAAAAGAAGACUCACGUGAAGAAGUGCACGCUCAACCCCGUCUUCAACGAGUCCUUCAUCUACGACAUCCCACCCGAGCUGCUGCCCGAGAUCUCCGUGGAGUUCCUGGUGGUGGACUUCGACCGCACCGCCAAGAACGAAGUCCUGGGCCGCCUGCUCCUGGGCCUACACGGCGCCCUGCCCUCCGGCGCUGCCCACUGGCGGGAGGUCUGCGAAACCCCCCGCCGGCAGAUCUCUAAGUGGCACACCCUCAGCGAGUACUGAGCGCCGGACCCACGCCUAGACUGACCAGUGUACAGAGCCCAGUGUGCAGCGCGCACGGGCGCGCACACACACACACACACACACACACACACACACACACACACACACACACACACACACACACACACACACACUUGGGAUCCUCUUUGUAAACAUUGUCUGUUAUCACCACACACUCAACAAAAUAUGCUUGUACGAAGGAAAGGGUGUGUGUGUGUGUGUGUGUGUGUGUGUGUGUGUGUGUGUGUGUGUGUGUGUGUGUGUGUGUGUGUGUGUGCCCAUGCGCUUAUGUUCUGACAAAGGAAAACAAGUCGGUGUUGUCAUCAUGCAGUUAAUUGCAUGUCUUUGUGAAGAGAACACCAAAAGCUCCCUUCAGCCUCCCCCAUCACAGUCCGGACAAUUCCCAACAUGCUUUGCUGCCGACUGCCGACACCUGCUGGUGAGUGUCAUGGAAAUCCCUUUUGAGCAUUUUUUUUCCCAUGCACUUAAAAUCCAGCUCAAGGUCCAUGCACGUGCUUGAACCUUGAAAUUUAUGCGCAACGCGAAUAAACCCAGUCAAUAUGUGAGCCGUGACGCCCUAGAUGUGAAUUUCAGUCGCCGCCAGAGGGCGCUAAAACGCCAAGAUGGCAGCACCCGCAGAAGGAUGAAAACAGGCGCAGUCAGCUGCUUCAUUCUGUUCCAAUACUGCAACAUUCAGACUGGGAGAGGCACAUACAACAUAUCCCAGUCUUUCCUUGAGUUUCCCACGGGCGUGUGUGCGUGACAUGGCCCGUAUUCUCCCAUUCACGCUCCUGUCAUUUUUAAUGCGCCUGGCUGUCACACUUUGAAGGUGCCUCAAUUUUCCCGUCCAGACUUCUGAUUCAUCGUGUGUAACCUGGAAGUUUGUGCACCAAAGAGGCAUGACUGGAUUAACUCUGAGGGUGGCCCCGAUUCCCAGAUCGUGUUUUCAUGAGCUCCGUUAGGGAAAUAUGUCACACAUAGAAUAUCAACUUAAAUUGUGUCGUGGAUCCGAAAAUACUACUAAUUGUCGCGCUAAUCCAGUGCGCAGAAUCGCACGUACUCAUGAGGACAACAAGCGUACUGGUACCUGGACCUUACGGUCGAUACGGCAUAAAGGCUCAAAACGGCUUUCCGUGGUGUCGGGGUUGCUCGCGUGCAGGUUCCAAUGUGUAAAUAAAUUCAUGCGUGUGCUUGUUUCUAACAUGAAGGACUUCCUUUACGCUUUCUUUCGUGGCUUGUGUCGCAACUAACGAGUUGUCCCCAAGCCAGGCUGGCAGUCGAGUCGGCGACGCUAAUUGCAAUGCUAAGCUAACAUCACGGCCAUGCUUACCUGUUCAUGAGCUGAAGGUUAACCCGGGCGGCACCUGAAGGCAUUCGGCGAAGGUACAUGACAUGACUCCAAAAGCUUCGGAAACGUUCCUGUUCAUAUUUCUCUUGAUGAUGAUGUCAUAACCCCACGUGCGAUGUAAUGGCUUUGUUCAUUCACGUCUGUGCUGAUCAGCGGCUCGAAAUCUCUGGCUGUGUUGAGAAUGACACCCUCUUCACACUAUCCUAAGUUGGCCAUUUCCAAAUGAGGAAUCGAAUACUCUCUUAUCGGUGUAGCAAGAUUUUUGUACAGUGCGUUAUAUGGUUGACAAUGACGUCCAAUCCAAAUCCUGUUAUUGUGUGUUGAGGCGAUUCGAUGAAUCGUUUCAGCCCUCGGGUCAACGAUAUCAAAAUGCAUGGAUAGUAAUUAGGCAUGAGUGAAUGAUUCCCAACACUAGUCUUCUCAUUUGCACCAUGAAUAUUGUGCCAGCCGGUGGCGCUGUACCCCCACCCCCCA